UUGGAAAGCACGAUUAUGAAGAUCCUCUGAUUCCUCUAGUUAAUGACUUCUCCACCCUCUGAGAUAAAGACUGUAACCUUUCUGGAACUUGAUGGAGCAUUAUAGAAAGCUAUCAAAUCAAGACCAUGGAGGAGGGCUGGCUUGGCAAAUUAUACUCUUGACUUAUUUUGAUUUUGAGAAAUAGAAUAGGAUAUGACCACUAUCUUCUCUCACGGAAAUUGUUAAUAUUUGGAAUGUUUUAAGAGGAAUUUAUAAAGAAUCUUUUGAUGACCACAUUCUUAAUUUUUGUUGCGGCGGAUAAAAAUCAGACAAAGACUGUAAGCUCAGUGUAUUCUGACUCAAGAUUCACUCUCUCUAAUUAUGUCUUGAAUUCAAAAUAUAAUAGUUGACCAGGAAUUGGCAAGUUUAUUGCUCAACAAAUGAGUAAAAAUUGUACAAAAAAGGGUCUGAAAUCGUCAAGGUUUAUGCCAUCCCUCUCAGAAGAUGUUCUGGUACCACGGAGGUGCUUCCUAGUUGCUUUUAAAGACCAAUAGUCCUGAUUUUUGGCUAUCUGAAUCUUGCUUA